AAGGGGGGGAAGGACAGCGUAUUUGUAUACACGACGACUCUUGGAGGUGGAAUGACUGACAUGUCGAACGCUAAAGACAGGGGUCAGAGUUGAAGACAGGGAAUGGCAGUCACGGAUGGCAAGGACCAAGGCAUGGUCCGAUGCCCAAAGGUGCGAAGUACCGGCGUACUUUCUUUUUCCUCCUGUUGCGUUGGAGACCCUUGGAUGGGCCCAGCGGUGGCGUUUUACGCGAAGGGAAGCUCGCUGGAAACUUGGGCCGAGGAUGGCGCCGCCGCGCGGCGACGGCUAACGGCUUGUCUGCUAAGGUACUCUGGUACUUGUCAUGGUUAGUUCUCGAGAACAUCAACUCCCAUAGUUUGGGCGGAAGGCGAAGUCGCCGCGCCCGCCCUUCUGUUGUCGACAAGGGUGCUGGAGCCGUCGUUGUCCUUGGCGCGCCGAGUACCUGCGCACAGUGCGCGCUCCAGAACGGGCCAGGCUCUCAAAUCCGGGGUGCCCCCUUGCCUGGGCCCGGCGGGGAGCAGGGAUUGGUUUUGGAUCAGCGGAUGCCGAGUGUGGGGGUUGAGCUGGGAGAUCGAAGAACGACCGGAGCCAAGGCGCGGUUCAAGCUAAACCUAGAAGGGAAGCACGAAACCUGCUUGGUGCCGGGAAGGUCGUCUGGAAACCGGGUGGUGUUAUUCAACCCUCUCACUCCCAUUCACGCAGGGCCUUGCCUUGGGCGCCGGGAAGAUAUCGAGCCCCGAACCGCGCCGAGAGCUAAUGGCCAUUGCAUGAUCAGCUGCCCUCGGCGCAUCGGUCGAUACUAUCCUGAUACACAUGUGGCACGCUCCUUGAACUCCACGUAUGCCGCCGCGAGUCGGGACGGGCUGAGGCAAUGGGGAGACGGCUUAGAGGUAGAAGGACGGCUGGCACGUCCGUGUCCUGUCAAUCUCGAGGACGGAGUCUGAUGCAUUUUGGCCUUGCGCUCGCGUGAGCGCGGUUUGCAGAGCGCUGCCGUGACGAGGCUCCCAAAGGUCCUGUUCG